GUUCCCAGAGCGAAGUCGCACCAAACCAGCCAGCGCGUCUGUGACAUAGCGAAAACGACAGCGCAACUCGCUUUGGACUAACAGCAUUCCGCCAAUCGAAGAUCAAGAGCAAUAGGAGGAGGGAGAGGUCGAAUCAAGAGUCUGCCUACCACAUGAUGAUAAAUCGAUUUUCAGCGUGCAAAGCAUCGAUCGCCUGUUGAUUUCAAGAAGGAAUUUGCCGUGUCUUAGCAUCGCCGUUUCCAUCCGUCAUGAACGCAAGUCGGAGUUCGCUUCGGAAAAGCAAAACCCUGAAGAGUGAAGCACCCUCCCCAUACUCGUCUCGGGGCAGUCUGUCUCCACCAAAGGCGGAUUUAGCUACCCCACCACCAGCGGAGAUCAUAUAUAAGCUAUCGAAAAAGAUCGCUCAAUUGACGAAAGUGAUCUACUAUCUUAACACGAAGAAUGAAGAUCAGACCGUCGAAAUACAUAGUUUGGCCGAAGCUUAUGAGGAUGAGAUCCAGGAGGUGAUAUCCGACGGCCGAACUAGGAUAAGCAAUGUAACUCUCUUGUUGGAAGACAGCGAAACUCGGGUGAAGGCAAAGGACGAGAUCAUCGAAGGGAAUGAGACAAAGGUGACGAAGCUGCUGGCCGAGCUGGAGGAUCAAAAACAUCAUGCGGAGUCGCUCGAAGCAGAAGUUGCCCUCCUUGCAGAGAAGAAGCAAGGAGACAUUGGCGAUAUGCAAAAGGAAAUGCGAACAAUGGCUCAGACGAUAGCGGCGCAGAAGAAAUCGAUAGCCGAACUCACCGCAGCGAAAGAUGAGAUCAAGAGGAGAUCUGAAGAACAAGGCACAGAGCUGCAAAACAAACUCACAAGCGUCAAGCGUGAUGCUUUGCAUGCGUCGCAAGAGUUGUCAAAUUUCCAGGAAGAAAGUAAAAACACCUUUGAGAAGGAGCGAGCGGCGUUCCAGCAGGAGUUGGAAGCGGCAGCCGCGGCUGCGAAGGCUGAGGCAGAGCAACAAGCGGAGCAGUUCCAUCAAGAGAUGGAAGCACUCAAAUCCCAAUUGCGCGACGUCGAGGAGCAGUUCAAAGUGCAACUUGAUACCACUCAGUCUACGCUUGCGUCACAGUUCGAGGCGGAACAUGCUCGACUGGUAGAGUGCCAGCGCGAUCUUUCUAAUGCCACCGCCAACUUGCAAAGGAAGACAGAGCAAUGUGCUGAGCUGCAGCGCAAUCAUGAUCGGACUGUAGAAAUGCUUAAAGGGAGUGAAACGGCGGUGGAUCAGUCGAAAGAGCAGAUCGCACUCCUGAAUCAAGAAGUAUUAGAUCUGCAAAAGAAGCUGAAGAUCUCAGAUGAUCAAAUGAAAGCCCUCAAUGACUCGGUCGGCCUUCAAGCGAAAGACUUGCGAGAUCAGACAACGGCCACAGCACAACUACUCAUGGAGCGCAGUGCGCUAGCGGACCGGCUUCAGGAGACCACCACUGCCCUCGAUGACGCUAAGGCAACAAUCCAAAUGCUGGAGGAGCAGUAUGGCGAAUGCGAAGAAGCCCGUGGGAAGCUAGCUCGCAACCUUGCUGAAGCCAAGCAGCAGAUGUUUGAGGCGAGCGUACUUCACAAGGAGACGCUGGCAUCGUCGCUCGCCGACCAGAAAGCGGAGAUGGAUGCUCAACGACAUAUGGAGAUUACGGCUUUGCAGUCGGAAAUGAUCAAAUUCGAGCGGGAGACGAGCUUGGCAAGAGAACAGGAAAGGACCGCCUUCCGGAAACAGCUUGACGAGCAGCAAGCUUUGAUGGCUCAGAAAGAGGAGGAAUGGGAGGCAGCUAAGAAAUCUCUUCAGUCAACAAUUGCGGAGCAUACCCAGACCAUCACUAUUCUCGAAAUCAAGCUUGCAGAUCUGGCCGCCCAAUUCGAAGCCAAGAAGGUGGAAUGCGAGAAGCAGACUGACAAGAUAGAGCAACUCGACAACAACAUUUGCAAGCUCGAAAUCGACAAAGCAGACCUGAUACAGAAGAUGCAGCAUCUAGAAAAAACGGUGGUGACGGAGAUGCAGAACAAACAUGAGAAGGAUCUUGCGGAUGCCCAUGAUGAGUGGCAGGACAAACUAGCGAGAGAUUUGCAAAUGACCUCAGACAACCUCGCCGAAGACCACGAUAGGGUGUUAAAGGCCGUCCUAGCAAGACGAGAAGCCGAGUAUGAAUCCCAAGUACAAGCCAUCCGCAUCACGCAUCAGAAAGAGAUCGCCAAGCUGCAAAAGCUGAUCAGCGCCGGGGAGAAGGAAGCGAAAGUGCUGAAUGCAGAGAAAGAUGAUCUUCUAGCUCAAUUGGAGGAGAAGCAACGGGAACACGACGCAGAACUCAAAAACCUCGCCAACCACACGCACACCAGUAUCGAAGAAGCGCGCAAACAAUGGCAAGCUGAAACCACAGCGCGCGAGACGCAGCUCAAAGUGGCAUCCACCAUCGCCAUGUCCCAGCUGGAGAAAAAGAUGCAGACAGAGAAGCAGGAGAUGAAUGCGGCGCAUCAGAAGCGGAUGGACGAUUUGAGAACGUUUUUCUCGAAGUCUUCUGUUACUGCCAAAAAGGAAGCAGAAGCAGCAGGCGCGGCCGCCCUCGCGCAACUCCGGGCCGAAACAGACACACGCUACGCCGAGCUUGAUCACAAGCUACGAGCGCAGAAAGCCGAGGCGCUGAAAAUAAUGAAGGAAGCCCACGAUGCUGAAGUCGAUAAAAUGAUUAAGGAGCAUGAUGCGGAUGUCAAAGAGACGAACGCGCUCAUCGAGAAACUUGUGGUGGAGGUCAAUGGCUUGAAGACACGCCAGGAGGAGAUGGAACUGCAAAUAACGGAUCUUGAAACGAUCAAAGCCGAGCUGGAAGAGUCCCUCAAAGACAAAAUCGACGAGAUCUCCGCUCUACGAGACGAAAUGAUAACCCGCCUCGAGAUUCUCAAGCGCGAUCUGCUGGAUCAAGCCAAACAAGACUUGGACGCUAACAACGCCACCCACCUCGAGGAACAACGGCAGAUGCUGGGAGAUUUUGAGGAGGCGCAGGCGUUUUUCAAGCGGCAACUGGCUGCUCAGGCGAAAAAACUGGACGAUGCAGAUAUCAAAUACAUCAACCGCGAACCGCGAGAUGUUGAUUUGAAGCAGAUAAACGAGCUAGAGGAGCGGCUUGAUCAGGGAAAGCAAAUUAUUGCUGCUCUGAUGGAGGAAGUGGAUUACUUCAAGUUGGAGCUAAACAACCGCGAAGCCAACUUCAACAAGAUAUUCAAUAAAACACCGAUAGUGGGGUUCAUGCAACCAUUCAACAAGCAAUCCAAAAGUUCGAAAUCGUUUUCAAAUCUAAGUACAGGCAAAUUACCGCCAUUACCGUUAUCAGCGCCGACGGCAACACCGCCAUAAAACGAGCCGAGAGCGGGGUGCGAGCCACCACCCGCCGGUCCCACUUGUACAUAACUUAAUAUGCUCUACAUACCCUACAGUUCAUUACGUGGUGCAAACUAUCUAAUGCGCUACGCUAUAAGCCGCUGUUCACUCCUUCAAUUGCUCCUGUUUUCCAGCUUCAUGGCUGUAUCCGCGUGCGAUCCCACUCCUCCCCUCCACAGCCUUGGAGACCUUGGUGUUUCCGAUUUCGGGCUCCAGGCCGCGGAAUGUCCGUUUCUCGUUCA